GAAAACAACUUUUUGUAUUCACAAAACCAUUGCAGAUUCUCAAUUCUUGUUUCCGAGACCAUCUCAUUCUAAAUCAAGCCAAACUCCCUUUGGUUCUCCGUCAUGGUCGACGCCGCCUAUCGCAUUCCUGGAAGUUCUCAUGUCAUGAUUUGGUCAGCCACAAGAUACGCCAGGAUCCAGUGCAGAGCUGGUGAUGAUGACAGCAUGAUUUCAGGCCCACUGAAAAUUCGCGAUAGAUGGCCAUCCCUCAACAAAUCUAAUAUUGGUAGAGUUGAUGCCGUUUGUCCGGUACCAGGAAACAACAGACGCAUAUAUGUCUUCUCUGGCGCCAAAUACGUGAAAUUGGAACUUAAUCCCGAUACCCUUGUUGACACACUAGCCACCGAGCCCACACCUAUUACAGACGGCUGGAAAACCCUGGGAAGGGCUGGUUUUGAUAGAAUUGAUGCGGCAAUGGUUGUUCCAGGGACAGAAGACAAUAUUUAUUUCUUUCGGGGGAAGGAAUGGAUUGACGUGAGCUGGACUGACCAGCUCAUCUCGCACGGCACAAUUGCCGAGUCGUGGCCAUCUCUCAAGAAGGCGGAGUUCGAAACAGUUGACGCGAUUCUCAAAAACGAGGAUGAUACCUAUUACUUUUUCUCUGGGGAUCGGUACGCACGAAUUAGAAUGAAACAGGACGAGGAUACUCUGUAUGAUGAUGGCCCCUACCACAUAAGCCGGUGGAAUACGUUUGGAAACUGGGUUUAGUGGUCUUUGAACGAGGGGGACAGCCCUGCAAGUUAGAUGUCACUGUUCACUUUGAUUAUCUUUGUAACCUUCAACAAUGUUGCAAUCUAUUUUGCAUCUUAGAAGUCCUGCAAAUGGCGAUACCAAGAGAAUUCAUGCCCAGUAGGUACCAACUGUCCAUCAUCAGCAUUAUCAUGACAUGGUAUCCCCGCCUAUUCUUACUUUUCUGAUUAGGAUAGACAGCUAUACCCUGCUUAAUAAAUGCAUGAGACAAUCUGGCAUUCGAGAAGAGAUUCUAUCGAAAUGCUGCGGAAUUGGUUACCAUUUGUU